GCUAGAAGGCCUGAGAUCCGUGCGUGUGUGCGUCUGGAAGGGGAUGCAGAGGACCUAACCAAGAGCAGCUGUGGAGGAGCAAGUUGCUAAAACCGGGUGAGAUGUCAGUGACUGAUCCAAACCACUUAGUGUAUGAAGUUGCAAAAGUGCUUUUCUCCUUCAGCCAGCUCCCUGCUGGCGUGUCUGGGACUCUGCUGUUGGACCUGCUGGGUGCUCACCAGGCUCAGCCGAGGGUUUUACUCUUUACUUGGGUAGCAGAUUUUUCUAAUCACCUUUUUUUACCCUUUCUUUGUUUUCGUAACAAAGUCUCGUGAGAUCCUUCUCGGACUGUCUGUUCUUUGUAACCUUUUUAAAAGCUCCUCUGUCAAGUGUAACUUGAUGGAAAAUUCUGUUGACUGUACUUCUGUAAUCCUGCUCAGGUAUGGUUACUUUAAAACUGUUUGUGACAUUGGUAAACGGGGGACAGCUGGAACCCAAGCAGAUAAAUUGAUCUCUAAUCUGCGUGUACACCUUGGACAACUUCUGUGCUCAAUAAAGGAUGGAAUCAGACCCACUGAAUGACCUGGUUCUGCUCUGCCUUGCUCUGGCGCCGUUAAGCUGCUGGCCCAGCGGAAGGCACCUUAGCGCGGGUAAGGAAAUGGGCGCUCCCUCGGCUGGCUCCUGGAUGCAGAAGCAGGAGGAGAUGCAGCUUUAACGCUCGCAGCGUUACGGUGGAGAUGAAUCAUCAGCCGCGGCGCUGCAGGAGGAAGGUCACGGCCGCUGCCUCUUUUCCCCAGCCGCUGGACGUGGCCAGGAUCGGGAGGAAUGAGCAAUAGCCGCGGAAACGGGCGGGGGCGGCCCGGGGCUGCUUGGAACCGGGGAACGUGGCAUCCCAACCCCGGCCCUUCCUCCUCCUCCUCCACCUCCUCCUCCUCCUCCCUGCAGGCUCCAGCAGCCGCCCCGCAGCGCCGAGGCGGGGCCGGGGGCCGGGGCGGGGCCGGUGGCGCGGCGAUGGCGGCGGCGGCGUGUCCGCGGUGGCGGGAGCGGCUGUUCGCGCUCUAUUUCCUCUCGCACAUCCCCAUCACGGUGCUGAUCGACCUGCAGGCGCUGCUGCCCUCCGGCCUCCACCCGCCCAGCCUGACAGAGCUGCUGCAAUGGUAUGCAGCCACCUUCAAGGACCCCAUGAUGCUGCAGCCCCCGGAGUGGUUCAAGGCCUUUAUCUACUGUGAAGCCUUGCUGCAGCUGCCUUUCUUCCCGGUGGCAGUGUAUGCCUUCCUGAAAGGUGGCUGCAAAUGGAUAAGGACUCCUGCAAUUAUCUACUCCACCCAUGUGGCUACCACUUUGUUUGCCAUCCUGGCACACAUCCUGUUCCACGACUUCUCCAAGUCGAAGCUUCUGGGGCCUGAGACCCAGCGUGAGCGCCUGGUCCUGCUGUCCAUCUACCUGCCCUACCUGCUGAUCCCACUCCUCAUCCUCUUCACCAUGCUCUACAACCCCUACUAUAACCAGGUGGAGAAGAGGAAAAGGAAGUAGUCUGCUCCCGCAGCUGUCCGCCCAACACUCACACUGGUUUUGGUUCAGGCCCUGUGCUGACAUGGUCCUCUGGGGCAAACACCUGUCUCACCUUGCUGGCUGCAGCAGCUGGUCCCAGAGCACCUGGCUCCCACCACAAGAUCGGGGUGGGUGGCAGUCCCCAGCCUCCCUCAGUCAUCUGCAGCAGCUCUGGCAGCUCAAUCCCCUGUGGUGCCUGGGCAGAGGCCCUGGCUGCUCUCCCAGUGCCGGCUGUGAGCGGUACCAGCACAGCUGGAAUGGGAAAUGAACUUUCAACCAUUUGAUGGGGGGUGGGAAAGCAACUCCAGCUGAUACUUUUCCCAGGUGACUGUUACAAUACCACUUAAGUAAGAAAUUUGUCUUCCAGGAGCACAUUCUGCAAAACCCCUGAGUGAUUGUACACAGAUUUGCAAGGCUCUGCCUUUGGAGCAUUUCAAAUGAGAUUCCUUAGCUCCCUCACCCCUUCCUCUACCUUCCUUUGCUCUGCUUUGAUUUUGAUUAAUUCUGAGUGGUAAGCCUGCCCGAAUCUGGGUUAUUGAAAGCUUAAAGUGCACUCUGACAGUGAGGCACACGCUUCCUAGAGGGCUCUGGAGCACUUCAGGAGUUGUAAACCAGGAUUUGUAAACUUCUCCUCCACGAAACCACUCCUGCUAUGGAAAUAAAUCACUAAAGGCAUUAAACAGCAUUUAAUCUUCUUAAGGGAAAGACUCAAAGGAACUUCAAGGGACCAUGAGCUCACAGGUAGUUCCCACAGUAAAUAAAACCCUACUCCUCCUAAAAAUAAACCCAACCAGCCGAGAAUUGCUGGCUUCUGAGCUGCAGGAGUCAAACUCGGAGCUGUGUGUGAGAUGACAGGGCCCUGAGAAGGCUUCUCAGCCACUGCCUGUUUCAGGGCUGCACUGGCAUCAAUGGAAGCCUCCCAGGGCUUUGGGCAGACCAACUUCUCCUUAUUUGGUUGCUGCAAGACAGACACAAACUGUCUCUAUUUGCACUUCAAUGGGAGGUUUGCUUUUCAGACCCCAGCGUUCAGCUGUGAAAUGCCACUUAGGUAUUUAUAGUCUCUCUACUCCUGCCACCACUGCUGGCCCAGGGGGGCUUUGUCUCCUCCCUCUGCAGUCACCAACAGUACCCAGGAAAGGAGUCAACUCUCUCAUGACUACCUGGCUGGAAGUCCCUCAGGCACAGCUUCCAGUCAUAGAAUGGUCUGGGUUGCAGGGGACCUGCACAGGUCAUCCAGUCCGACCCCCUCUGCAGUAAGCAGGGACCUCCUCAACUAGAUCAGGUUGUCCAGAGCCCUUCAUUCUGCCCUGUUUUCUGCCUUUUGUGUGUCUGUAACUGCUCCAUCCUGUUCAUUGUACAUUUCUGGCCCUUUUCUUCCUAACUGUGGACAAAAAGAAUCUGGUCAAUACAGAGAAAAAAAGCCCUGC